CGGGCUCACAGAAGCCACCCGCUUUUUGGCAUUGUUAGGGUUGCACAGAGGAGGCAGAAGACCGACCUUCCCUGCUGUGCCAACCAGGUGGGCUGCUCCGAGCGGCGAAAUCAUUCAGCCUCGGAGACGCUUGAUUUCCCGGUGAGGGACGCAGUGCUCAGCGGCCCGCCCAGCGCGGACCCGCCUGCCCAGGACGCCUGGUGGUCUCAGGCAGAGGAGGAAGUUCCCGGGCACCGCUGCCUGCGUCACAGCGGGGCUGGCACCGCGGCGGCGGCUCCGCAGCCGGCGGCGACCCCGGGGCUGGGCGCUGGGCGGCGCUGGCUGCCGCGGGCCAGGCGGAGCGCGGGGCGGCGCUGGAGGCGGCUCCGCUCGCAGGCGGGGAGGCACCGGGGAGGAGGAACAGGGCUGCGGAGCUGGGGCGUUAGCUGCGUCCCGGCUCAGAGCCCGCGAAGAGGACGAGGACCGAGGCGCCGCCGCGGCCGUGGCCGCAGCAUUCUGGGCGCGACAAGCCAUGAGCAGCGACGCCGCGGUCGCUGGCCGCCGCUGAGCCCAACCCGGAUACAGCUCGCCGCGCCCUGGCACCCUCUUCUGCGGAUACCCUCGCCCCCAGAGAUUAAUGUGGCUGCUUAUGACUAAGGAUUCUGGGACCACAGAUGUUCAGAGAAGUAACAUAUACAUAUAAGAAACAUGAUUCCAGUGACUGAGUUCCGGCAGUUCUCCGAGCAGCAGCCCGCCUUCCGCGUGCUGAAGCCAUGGUGGGAUGUGUUCACAGAUUACCUCUCAGUGGCCAUGCUGAUGAUCGGAGUGUUUGGAUGUACUUUACAGGUCAUGCAAGACAAGAUCAUCUGCCUUCCAAAAAGAGUGCAGCCUGCUCAGAACCACUCUUCCCUUUCCAAUGUCACCCAGGCAGUUAUCAGUACCACCCCACUGCCCCCACCUAAACCCUCUCCCACCAACCCCGCGACUGUGGAGAUGAAGGGACUGAAGACAGACCUGGAUCUUCAGCAGUACAGUUUCAUCAACCAGAUGUGCUACGAGCGAGCCCUCCACUGGUAUGCCAAGUACUUCCCGUACCUCGUGCUCAUCCACACCCUGGUCUUCAUGCUCUGCAGCAACUUCUGGUUCAAAUUCCCUGGAUCCAGUUCCAAAAUAGAACACUUCAUCUCCAUCCUGGGGAAGUGCUUUGACUCCCCAUGGACCACACGGGCUCUCUCCGAAGUGUCUGGCGAGGACUCAGAAGAGAAGGACAAUAGAAAGAACAACAUGAACAGGUCCAGCACCAUCCAGUCUGGUCCCGAGGGCAGCUUGGUCAAGUCCCAGUCUCUCAAGUCAAUUCCUGAGAAGUUCGUAGUUGACAAAUCUACUGCGGGGGCUCUGGACAAGAAGGAAGGCGAGCAGGCCAAGGCCUUGUUUGAGAAGGUAAAGAAGUUUAGACUGCAUGUGGAAGAAGGUGAUAUCCUGUAUGCCAUGUACGUGCGACAGACUGUGCUUAAGGUUAUCAAAUUCCUAAUCAUCAUUGCCUACAACAGUGCCCUGGUUUCCAAAGUCCAGUUCACAGUGGACUGUAAUGUGGACAUCCAGGACAUGACGGGUUAUAAGAACUUUUCUUGCAAUCACACUAUGGCUCAUUUGUUCUCUAAGCUCUCCUUUUGCUACCUGUGCUUUGUAAGCAUCUAUGGCUUGACGUGCCUUUAUACCUUAUACUGGCUUUUCUACCGUUCUCUGAGGGAAUAUUCUUUUGAGUAUGUCCGGCAGGAGACUGGAAUCGAUGACAUUCCAGAUGUGAAAAAUGACUUUGCUUUUAUGCUCCAUAUGAUAGACCAGUAUGACCCUCUCUAUUCCAAGCGGUUUGCAGUGUUCCUGUCUGAAGUCAGCGAGAACAAGUUAAAACAACUCAAUUUAAAUAACGAGUGGACCCCGGACAAACUGCGGCAGAAGCUGCAGACAAAUGCCCACAACCGCCUGGAGCUGCCUCUGAUCAUGCUGUCUGGCCUCCCAGACACCGUGUUUGAAAUCACAGAGUUACAGUCUCUGAAGCUGGAGAUCAUUAAGAAUGUCAUGAUCCCUGCCACCAUCGCCCAGCUAGACAACCUUCAGGAGCUCUGUCUUCACCAGUGCUCAGUCAAGAUCCACAGUGCCGCACUCUCUUUCCUGAAGGAGAAUCUCAAAGUCCUGAGCGUCAAAUUUGAUGACAUGCGGGAGCUGCCCCCCUGGAUGUAUGGCCUCCGGAACCUGGAAGAGCUCUAUCUGGUUGGCUCUCUGAGUCAUGACAUCUCCAAAAAUGUCACCCUGGAGUCUCUGCGGGACCUCAAAAGCCUUAAGAUCCUUUCCAUCAAAAGCAACGUCUCCAAGAUCCCUCAGGCUGUUGUAGAUGUGUCCAGCCACCUCCAGAAGAUGUGUGUCCACAAUGAUGGCACCAAGCUGGUGAUGCUCAACAACCUGAAGAAGAUGACCAACCUAACGGAGCUGGAACUGGUCCACUGCGACCUGGAACGCAUUCCCCACGCCGUGUUCAGCCUGCUCAGUCUCCAGGAGCUGGACCUGAAGGAGAACAACCUGAAGUCAAUAGAGGAGAUUGUGAGCUUCCAGCACUUGAGAAAGCUGACCGUGCUCAAACUGUGGUACAACAGCAUUGCUUACAUUCCAGAGCACAUCAAGAAACUGACCAGCCUGGAGCGACUGUUUUUCAGCCACAAUAAGGUAGAGGUGCUUCCCUCCCACCUCUUCCUGUGCAACAAAAUCAGAUACCUGGACUUGUCCUAUAACGACAUCCGCUUCAUCCCGCCUGAAAUCGGAGUUCUGCAAAGUUUACAGUACUUUUCCAUCACUUGUAACAAAGUGGAGAGCCUCCCAGAUGAACUCUACUUCUGCAAGAAACUUAAAACUUUGAAGAUUGGGAAAAACAGCCUCUCCGUACUUUCACCAAAAAUUGGAAAUUUACUAUUUCUUUCCUACUUAGACAUCAAAGGCAAUCACUUUGAAGUCCUCCCUCCCGAGCUGGGAGACUGCCGGGCUCUGAAGAGAGCCGGGCUGGUUGUGGAAGAUGCUCUCUUUGAGACUCUGCCCUCAGAUGUCCGGGAGCAAAUGAAAGCAGACUAACUUAUUUUUCAUCAAAAUAUGACUGAAACAUGCUUCUACCAAAUACAAUAUAAAGAAUUAGGUAGUCCUAAUGCCUUUCCUAUAUAUUUUUUUUUUCUUUUCCACACAAGACAAAAUGUUACACAAAGAUUGAGUACGGAGUAUGUAUUUUUGAAUAAAAAUUUAAUUGUAUUUUUUCAAUAUUAAUAUUUUAAAGUUUUAUUUGUCCUGGAAGCUCAUGUAUCUGUUACUGCUUUCUGCCAGCAGGAAUGGGUAGUUCCAUCUGGCUUUGGGUUUUGCUUUCUCACUUGAGUUCAUUCUUGUAAAAGGAAAGGAAUUGUAGGUCAUGUGAAUGUUGGCAUAUUCUAAAUGGGUGAAGAUACUUUCCCAACACCAUCUUUACUUUUUUUCUACCCGUCCAAGUUUCAUCAUGUUUACCGAGGAGUGUGCCAGCUAUUUUACUGUCAGCCGCUGCCUGCAUUGGUCAGGUGAUGCCACUCUAUAGGAAACUCUAGACUGUGAGCUCACACAAGCGUGCUGUCGCAGAGUAUUACCCUGAAAAGGCCCCUGCUUCUGACACUGUUAAUUGUAUCAUUUCCUAAACAAUAGUUUUAGUUAGCCCCAGAAGGGCUUUUGAAAUGGGCAAAGAAAGCAACCCCUGUGGUUGCUGUUCUUGCGUGCAUGUAUCAUUUGCUAUCUCACUCAUCUGUAUUUUUUGCCAACAUCUUAAAAUAUGUCAUCAAAAAUUAAAUACAACCAACACCCCCAAUCCACCUCAGUAUUGCCAUGCGGUACUGUUGAACAACCCUAGGGAAAUUAGAUUUUAUUUCAAUAUUCUAGCAGAUAAUGAAAUUUUAAAUCAUAGAAUUAGAAGCCUGUUUUGAGUAAUUUAAUCACUUUUGAUGCCUUGAUAUGCAUCUGACGGAAAACAAUCUUGCUACUAAGGCACUGUUAGAAAGCUGACAUGUUCCACACAGGCCCCACCCCUUCCUCUGUUAGAAAGCUGACAUGUUCCACGCAGGCCCCGCCCCUUCCUCAGAUCCUGUGCCUGCUGAAUUAAACAGCCCACGGUAUACAUAAGCAUAGUCAUCUGCUUCCUGCAAGCCUGCCCUCAAUGAGGACGGCAGUGCGGCAAGCAUGGGACCUCUGGGCUCUCUGCUAAAGAUCGCAUCUCACUUAGCCUGGUGCUGUGACUAACCUUUGAGUGUUCUCACUUAGCAAUAGCUCCCGCCUGGUGGCUGGCAAAGCUUUUCUUUACCUUUCUUUUCUUAAAAUCCAGGCUAGUAGUCCACCAGCUGGCCUAAGGGAAUGCAACCCUGAAGGCAGGAAGACCGUUUGACCUCUGAAGCCCUGCUCUGAAGAACGUUGUCUCGGCCCCCAUGACCUUGCCCAGACCUGUUUUUUAUGACAUGUAGACAUGGACAAGGCAUGUCUGGGAAGCACAUGGUCCUCGUGUGAGUUAAGAUAGAGAGCUGUGGGGGCGUAGCUCAGUGACAAAGCGCUUGUCCAGCGCUGUGCCUGAUGCUGGAGUUUAGUGACCUGACACUAUAAAAUAGACAAGGGGAAUAGGGCUCAUGGCUGUGAAUGGAUGAAGCACAAAGGAACAUCCGUGUGAAGGGCCAGCCAUGUGCAAGCGCUUCUGUCUUCUGUUUAAAGUUUCAGUCAUGAUUUCUUUAAACCUGGAAUUAAAGUAAUAAUAUUUUGAAGCACUAUUAUGGCUAUACUUCUUAUAUGAAGAAAUAUUCAAUUUUAGAAUAUUGAAUGAUAUGAAUCGUGUGUCAUGUUCAGAAAAGCUCUGUCUUAAAGAACUUAGAGGCAGAUUAUCUGUUAUUGGACAUGAGUAACUGCUGUUGGGAUGUAAAUUGAACCAAUGAAUGCACUGUUUUAAUUGUUGAAACAUGGUUAUUUCUAACAUCACCCUUCAAAGGGGAUCUAUUCAAGUUAAUUACCAUAGUUAUACUGAAGUCUUUCUCUGGCAUUAACUGAAAAUCCCAUAUGAGUUCAUAACUGAAGCAAAUUGCAAAUAAUUCAAUUUUAUCAAGCUUCCAAAUAAUUUGAUUUAUUUUCAUAAUGAUUUUUGCAGGCUGACUCCCAACCUGAGUUGUAAAUAAUAUUCAAUAAAUCAGUAUAACUCCAAGACUUUCUUUUAACUAAGAGUGAGAUAUUUAUAGAUCUUUCUAUUAGAUUUUAUAAAACUUCCAAAGCCUCAAACGCUGAAGAGUUUGGAUUUUCUGAUUCUUGACCUUUUUAAUACAGUAAGCUUUUGUUCGCAUUCUUGAGUAAAAUGCUUUCAGUUACUAUCCAGCCUUCCAAUGGGAAACUCAGGUGCCUGAACUGAACUGCUGGCUUUUCUAAUGCCCUUUGAUCUAAGGCAGUGCAGAGAGGCUGUCUGCCUCCUCCUGUCUCUCUCUCUCUCUCUCUCUCUCUCUGUGUGUGCGUGUGCGUGUGUGUGUGCGUGCGUGCGUGUGUGUGUGUGUGUGUGUGUGUGUGUGUGUGUGUGUGUGUGUUUUCCAAGUGCCCUUGGUGAGAAGGAUUAGCUCUCUGUCCAACCACCGACUCACAACAAACUGCAGUGUAAAUCACAAAUGUGCCAUCUGUACUCUUAACUCCAGGGGUGGCUUCAAGCUCAAGGUGGCCAUGCUGUAAGUCGGAUUUACUAAUGAGUUCAGAACAGCCAUCGGGUGGUUCUCUAGUUGGAAGGUCUUAAUAGAACCCCACCUAAGGGACCAGCAAGGUCCCUGAGGGUGAUCAGCAUUUGCCAUCUGCCUGUGGUCCUGAGCUUGCUCUUCAGGAUCUACACAGUAGGAGAGAACCAACUCCCAUAAGUUGUCCUCUGACAGGUGCCAUGGAGUGAGCACCUACACAAGACACGCACAAACUAAUUAAUAUAGAUUUUAAAUCAUAGGGGAAAAAACACACCCAAGAAUGUAACACCUCAGAACAAAAUUGUAUUUUCUUAUUACACGAUUUGAUCUGUUUUGAAUAUCAGAACUCUUGAUGAGAUAAACGGUGUGGUGUACAUGAGGUUCCUCGAAUUGCCGGCCCAGCGCUUCCCUUCUGUUACAAUGAGCUCCGACAGUCUCCAGGGUGGCCUGAGCAGGCCUGCCUUUUCACGCUUUUUUGGAAAUGUCCCUGUCCCAAGGAUGAUGUUCAUUUUGAUUCCAGGCCCUGCUCUGAAGGGUCUGAAACAUGGCCCUUCCUUGUUUUUGUUUUGUUUUGUUUUGUUUUGUUGUUUUUAACAAAAGAAGUUCUGUUUCUUUCAGUAUACUGGUUUAUGGCUUUAAUUUAUCUUACUUCCUAAUCCAAUUUUCUUUUUUUUUUCUUUUUCUUUUUUUUUUUUUUUUUUUUUUUUUUUUUUGGUUUUUUGAUCUAAUCCAAUUUUCAUACCAAAUACCUGAUCAACAGUAUUGGCAUUCCAACAGUAACAUUUAUGGCUCAUCAAUUCGUUAGCACGUUCCUUGCAAACUUUUCAGUGUUUCAUAGAGUAAAUUAAGACUACAUUAAAGAGUUUACACUGGGGCAGAAUCUCAAGAACUUCAUACUCAAGUGAACAAAAUGGCUACCACUGAGGAAACUUCUAGAAGAGUCUAUGGGAUGUUUGCACCUUUUCUGUUUAGAGACAUAGUAAGAAAUCCUAGUCUUACCUAAAGCCGCCAUGAGUUUUCAGAUUUAGUUCUCAGUCUUCAAUCUUCUGAUAAUUAUUAUAGCAGCCCCCCAAAUAAGUAUCCACUCCCAUUCCUCUUGCCAAAGUCACCCACUAAUAAAGAUGGCAUUCUUAGGAUUAUCUGAGGGAGAAAGAGGAGAGUCUCCCUCUGCCUCAAGGAAUUAUUUUUUAAUCAGAAGCGUAUAUAACACUGGGCAGUUUGACUUACUGACCAGAUAGCAACCCCUGUGUAUUUAGGGUUUGGUUUGGUUUUUGAGCCAGGGUCUUGCUUUUUAACCCAGGCUGACCUUAAACUUGAGAGCCUCUUUCCCCAGCUUCCUGGACACUGGAUUAUAGGUGUUUCUGCACACCUGGCCUGUGUGGUUUCUAGUGGACUCAUUUGUGUCUUCAUUCUUCCACCACACGGCAAUUUGGGGUUGACACCCCAUGCCUUAUGUGCUUGCUGGUGUUUGUUUUGCAUUUGUUUACUAUGUUCAUGUGCAUUCAGAUUGUUGAGUGCUGGCAAAUUUCUUGGACUGCGGAGAAAAAGGACUGAUCGUUGAUUUGUCAGAAUACAUGUUCAUGAAAGGAAACAUCUUAAUGUUAUUUCACUAUGUAGUGUAUAGGAACAAAAAUAAAUAAAGUCAUUUUUGUAACAUAA